AUGGAAAUCGGACGCUUUUUGCUUGGAUUAUGCGCCUUUUUCCACCUCCACAGAUGUGUUUCAGCAGCGUCCACGUGCAAGCUGAAGGCCAAGUUCAACCUGAGCGGCUACAAGGAUGUAGAGAAGAAGAAGGUGGUCGUCGGAGGGAUGUUUCCUGUUCACAAGCGGAUUGCUUCCAGUGAUGGCAACACUUCAAGGGUGCCUGUGUCCUCGGGGUGUGAGGGGUUUAACUUCCGUACCUUCCGCUGGACCCAGACCAUGCUGUUUGCAAUCAAUGAAAUCAACGCGAGGAAUGACCUGCUGCCCAAUACCGACCUGGGCUACGUCAUCUAUGACUCCUGUUUCACCAUCUCCAAGGCCGUAGAGGGCACCCUCACCUACCUGACGGGGCAAGACGAGGCUGUACCCAACUACCGUUGUGGGAGCGGGGCCCCUCUGGCCGCUCUGGUGGGCGCUGGAGGCUCCGAUCUGUCCAUUGCUACUGCGAGGAUACUUGGACUUUAUCACUUCCCACAGGUCAGUUAUUUUUCCACUUGCUCUGCUCUGGAGAGUAAGUUCCAGUUUCCCACCUUCCUGCGGACCAUUCCCAACGACAAGCACCAGUCCACAGCUAUUGCCAAGUUGGUGCUGCACUUCGGCUGGACAUGGGUGGGCACCAUCGCUGCCGAUGAUGACUACGGCAAGUAUGGCAUCAAGGACUUCAAGGAGCAGGUGGAGGAAGCUGGUGUCUGCAUCGCCUUCUCUGAGGUCUUGCCCAAGGUGAGUUCCCCAGAGGACAUCCAGCGUAUUGUUCAAACUGUAGUUGAGGCCACGGCCAAGAUCAUCGUGGUCUUCUCGUCAGACGUGGAUCUCAGUCCUCUUAUCGGCGAGCUGCUCCAGCACAACGUGACCAACCGCACCUGGAUCGCCAGCGAGGCAUGGGUCACCUCCGCUCUCAUCAACCAGCCUGGGGUGAACACACUGCUGGGUGGUACCUUGGGCUUUGGGGUUAAAAGGGCUGACAUCCCAGGUCUUCAGCGCCACCUGUUGAACCUGGACCCCUAUGAUGACCCGCUCACUGAAGAAUUCUGGGAGACGUUGUUUAACUGCACAUUGGAUUAUGGCAAAGCCAUGAAACGGGCCAAACUUAAGGCCAAAGCGGUUAAUGGCACGCUGCCCAGGGCCGCGAGGGGAGUUCCUGAUGGGCUGUGUACAGGAACUGAGUCUGUGGCACAGCUCAAUAACACCUACUCUGAUGUUUCCCAGUUACGAAUCACUUACAGUGUAUACAAAGCCGUGUAUGCUGUGGCCAACGCCCUGCACAAUCUGGAGCACUGUGAAGACGGACAGGGGCCAUUCGUUGAUAAAAGCUGUGCUGACAUCACCAACUUUGAGCCAUGGCAGCUGAUGUACUACCUAAAGAACGUGCGCUUCAGAGUGCCGCACACGAACGAAGAGAUCUACUUUGAUGACGGGGACGUAGAAGGCGUCUAUGACAUCAUUAACUGGCAGGUCAACAGUAAUGGGGAGAUAUCCUAUGUCACUGUAGGACACUACAACGGCUCAGCAGCUCCAGAGGACAGGAUGACCAUAAUGAACGACUCCAUCGUGUGGAACAAUGAAAUGUUUGAGCCUCCCCGGUCAGUGUGCAGUGAGAACUGCCAGCCGGGCACCAGGAAGGGAAUCCGGCAGGGAGAGCCAGUCUGCUGCUUCGACUGUAUCCCGUGUGCUGAUGGAGAGAUCAGCAACUCUACGAAUGCUCGUGCAUGCAUCCUGUGCAGUUAUGAAGAGUGGUCCAACGAGGCUCAUGAUACCUGUGUACCAAAAAUCAUCGAGUAUCUGGCCUUUGGAGAGCCGCUGGGGAUCACUCUCAUUGUCAUCUCAGCCUUUGGAGCUCUAGUAACCAUCGCUGUCGGGGUGGUGUUUGUUAUGCACAUCGGCACCCCUCUGGUCAAAGCCAAUGAUGCUCUGUUGAGUUUCUCGCUGCUCUUCUCACUGGUGGUGACCUUCCUCUGCUCCAUCGUCUUCCUCGGGAAGCCGCAGCACUGGAGCUGCAUGACCAGCCAAGUUGCCCUGGCUCUGGGCUUUGCUCUCUGCCUUUCCUCUAUCAUGGGUAAGGCAGCAGUGUUGAUGAUGAGAGCUCAGGCUCUGAAAGCAGUCCGUGCCAGAGCCAAAGCAGCUGCCAAAGCUGCGAAGGCUGCAGCUGAAGCAGCAGCCAACAGCGGCAGCCCUGAUGUCAUUGUAACCAACACAAAUAACAACAAUGACGCCAGUGCCUCUGCUAACCCUGAAGUCGACCGUCUCACCUUUGGCCACCAGAGGGCAAUAGCUGCUGUGGCAACAUUAAUACAGGCUAUAGCAUGCACAGUGUGGCUCAUCAUCCUGCCUCCACACCCCAUCGAGAACACCUCUGCCCAGAAUAUAAAGAUCAUUCUCGAGUGUGAUGAAGGCUCUGUGGUCUUCAUCUGUUGUAUCUUCGCCUAUGAUAUCCUGCUGGCUCUGGUGGCCUUUGUCUUUGCCUUCAUUGCCCGCAAACUGGAGGACCACGUCAGUGAGGGAAAGAGCAUGACCUUCGGCAUGCUCGUCUUCUUCAUCGUGUGGAUCUCCUUUGUCCCGGCGUACCUCAGCACACGUGGCAAGUUCAUGGUCGCCGUCCAGAUUUUUGCCAUCCUGGCCUCCAGCUUCGGCCUGCUGACCUGCAUCUUCCUGCCCAAGUGCUACGUUCUUUUGGUCAAACCUGAACGCAACACAGAGGAAAUGAUGAGGCCCCGCGCCAAACCACGUGACGGGACCUCGACCGGGACCUCGGCCUCCCUCGCUACAGCUGCUACUGAGGUCAAUGCUACGAUUCAGUCCACUGCUAUCGAUGAUUAGUGGAGCAGUGCUGAGAACUGAAGCCACAAUAUUGAGAUCGUGACAUAAUGUAGAUGGAAGAUGUGCCACUGCUUCAUUUGGCAACUGGUCCAGCUGAUUAGGGUGCCUAGUCUUAUUAUACACACAUAUUUUGCAAUCAUCUUGUUUGGGCUAAAAUAAAUAUGCAAGAUAUAUUGUUUACAAAAUAUUUAUAUUCACACUGACUGAAUGUGCGUCAACCCCAAGUCAGCACCUUCACAUGUGUUAGAUAGGUCUGAUUUCACUAAAUAAUAUCCAUGAGGAAAGAAAACUGGAAUUAAAAUUCUGGGUCCUUACACAGGACAUUUUUCAACACAUAUUACUUUGACUUAACUUGCUCUACUAUGAUGUCUUGCUGAAACAUAUUUUACAAGCUCAGACUGUCAAAUAAAGGCAACAUUUUACCUCAGAUAUUGUUCUGCAGUACCUCUAGUUACACUUUUAACUAUUCAUUUAUUUUUAUAAAAAUACAGGCAUUGUGCUUAUGUUGUUUCUAUCA